CGAAAACUAAAGGAAAAAGAUGAAGCAAAGAGUUUGAUUAUCCCCUAAUGCAUUCAGAAACUUAAACUUAAAACCAACGAAGAAGCUGAAUCUAACUGCAAUGAAUCUAACUAACAUAUCACCUUCCAAAGCCUCUUGACACUCUCCAGUAAAGGCAAAGGCCAAAGCCAAAUACAAAAGUACUAAUAUGGUUCCAGAGGUUAUUGUAGCUGACAAUCGAAUCAAAUCUCCAGCUUCUCCUCUAAAAAAGAGAAUGAUUUUCUCCCAAAGAAGUAGGAUGAGGACAUCCAAAGCAUGUAGAGCAAAUUCCAACAUUUGCCUCUCUAAAAUUUUAUCAGAUGGUGACUCUGAGCCUCACCAGCAGAUAGAAAAGAAAGGAAGUGGGAAGCAAAUCAGUACUGAAGAGAAGCAUAUUAAAACCAUUUGAGAAAGAAUAAAUGAACACACAAUUGACAGGAAAUAAAUAUAUAUCCUUGAAAAAUUCCCCCAAUAAAAGGAUGAAUAAAAUGACUCGUAUCAAAAGUUUUGAAGAGAGAAGAGAAGUACCUAAUCUUCUACAAGAAAUAAGGAACCUUCGAGGAUCAGAAGAGAAAUUAGAGAGCUUUGAGAAACUAAUCAUCACCCUUCACACCUCUAACUCCAAUUUGAAAUAAACUUAUCAACCAAGAUAAGUUGAGGAUCCAUAAGCUUGAGAAACAAGUUAAGAGUCUCAACUCUCAAUUGGCUACCAAAUGAAAUUUAAUUUCUCAAUUAUGAGAAGUCAAUACUCACCUCCGAAAUUGAGAGCAAGAAGAGAAAUCUUUUAUCAAAACUCUCGAAAUAAUUCAAGUAAAUCAUGACAAAGCAAUUCAAAAAUUAAACAGCGAGUUCUCAGAUGAGGUUGAGAAUCUUACUGAAAUGCUGGCUAAAGCUACUAAUGACCAUAUUGAAACCAAAGAAACUCACUUUAAGAAGAUCACAGAUCUUAUUGACCUCGUCUGAGAGAAAGAAGUUCUUAUUGAGAACCUUAAUGACGAAAUAUCUGAUCUUAAGUUUGAAAAAACUCAAUAUAACAAAGAGAUUACACAAAAUUUCAAAUCAGAAAUUGAUGAGUUAAAAUGCCUCCUCAAAGUUAAAGAUGGAAUUAUUGCAGAUCUACGAAGAAGCUCACCAACUCAGUCUAAUACUUGAGAUCAAGGGAAGGUCUCUACCAAGGGAUCCCGAAUGCCUGAACACACGGGUAAAGGACAGAAGAUAUAUUUAAAAGUGAAUAAUUUGGAGAAGUCUCAUUUAUUUGCCAAAAAUGCAUAAGCAAAUAACUCUUGUUAUCCCCUAAUGUUGUUAAUAGUAUCAUUGUUUUCA